CUCCGUCACACGUCACUGUGUGUUGACGUGUGGCUAACCAGCAGCUACACAGCUCUCGUUAGCCGGCUAAGCUAAGCGCCCAUUGAGUUUGAAUGGCUGGAGCAGCGUAGACAGUGGGCUCAAUUUUGACAACUCACACCACAAACUCUCAACAAUGGCAGACGACUGGGAGGAAAUCCGACGGCUGGCUGCUGAUUUCCAGCGAGCUCAGUUCGCCGACACGGUGCAAAGGUUAUCAGAGAGGAACUGCAUUGAAAUUAUCAUGAAGUUGAUUCAGGACAAGAAGCUGGACGUGGUGCACACGCUGGAUGGGAAGGAGUACAUCACCCCAGCGCAGAUCAGCAAGGAGAUCAGGGACGAGCUCUACGUCCAUGGAGGGCGAAUCAACGUUGUGGACCUGCAGCAGAUCAUCAACGUGGAUUUGGUCCAUGUUGAAAGCCGAGCAAUUGACAUCGCAAAGUCGGAUAAAGGUGUGCAGCUGAUACUGGGACAACUUAUUGAUGAAAAUUACCUGGAUCGUUUAGCAGAGGAAGUGAAUGAUAAACUGCAAGAGGCGGGUAUGAUAACCAUCUCCGAGCUCUGUAAAAAUUAUGACCUUCCUGGGGAUUUCUUGACUGAGGAGCUGUCGAAGCGUGUUGGGAAGCUCCUCCAGGGGGAGAUGGACCAGUACAAUAAGGGUGUCAUAUUUACUCCAGCUUUUGUUGCUCGCCACAAGUCCCGAAUUCGAGGGCUUUUCAGUGCAAUCACUCGACCAACACCCAUCAGCAACAUGAUGGGAGUGUUUGGAUUCCAGGAACAUCUUCUGUAUUCUGUGUUGGAGGAGCUGGUGAACACCGGACGCUUGAAAGGCACCGUGGUUGGAGGCCGGCAGGACAAAGCCGUCUACAUCCCUGACAUUUACUCCAAAACACAGAACACCUGGGUGGAUUCCUUCCUCCAGCAGAAUGGAUAUUUAGAGUUUGAUGCCUUGAUCAGGCUGGGGAUCCCAGACCCCAGCAGCUACAUCAAGAAGCGAUUCAAAUCGAGCAAGCUGCUGUUCCUCAGAGCGGCCUGUGUGGGCCAGGCGCUGGUUGAUCAAGUGGAGGCCUCAGUGGAGGAAGCUGUCAGCUCCGCUACAUGGACUGACAUCCAGCCAAUUUUGCCCAGCUGUCUGUCGAUGGAGGACGUGGGAAUGCUGAUCAGCCAGGCCAUGAGGAACGCGAACGUGCAGUCGUCCGCCCGGCUGCUGGGAGGCACCGUCGUCGUCAGCGAGAAAUUCAUCAGCAACUGUGUUUCUUUGUUCGACGAAGCCAUGCAGCACAAAGCUCAGAAGGAAGUCAAGAACAACCCAGUUUUUCUGAUUACCGAAGAAGACCUGAAACAAGCCUCUCUGGUGACGGAAAGCACGGCUCUGUCUAAAAAGGAAAAGAGAGAGGCAGAGCGCAGGAAGAAAGCUACAGAGGGUAGUGGCAGUGUGAAAGGGGGCGGAGGUGGCAACGCCAGAGAGAUCAGGAUUCGCAAAACCAAGAAGAAGGGGAGGAGAGAUGAGGACAGCGAUGAGGAAACCGGACCUCCCCAGCAAAAUCGCAGCAAACAGACUGAAGUCCCCUUUAUGGCCCAGGAGGAGAUUGUAGCCGUUUUAGAGGAGCGAGUGAGUGACUGCCCGGAAGAAAUUCUCUCUGAGUUGGCAGAGCAUUUAGUAAGGCCUUUGACGAAGGCCUACCAGGAGGUCGUGAGGACGGUGUUCAUGUCCUCCAGCAGCUCCCCAUCAGGCACCAACAAAAAGAAAAGCCUGAAGGAUCUACAGGAGGAGAUCACAAACCUUUACAACAACAUCCGACUCUUCGAAAAAGGGACCAAGUUCUUCUCAGAUGAAACCCAGGUCCACAUCGCCAAGCACGUCCUGAAGACGGUGUGCACGGACGUCACCAACAUCCUGGUGAACUUCCUGGCAGCUGACAUGAUGAUGUCCGUGGAGAAUCCCUGCACCAUCACCAGUGAGGUCAGAGUGAAGAUUUUGGGGAAGCUACCAGAGGAGACCAAAGGGCCGCUCAUGAAGCUGCACAAUUGCCUGAAUGGAAAAACCAUCGAGGACUUUCUGAGCAACAUCGAGACCUCGGCAGAGGUGUGUGGAUUCAUGCUGAAGAAGGGAGAUAAGAAAAAAGAGAGACAAGCCCUGUUCCUGCACCGCCAGGCUCUCACUGAGCAGCUGAAGGACACGGAGGAUCCGGCGCUGGUCCUCCACCUGACCAGCGUGCUGCUCUUUCAGGCCAGCACCCACUGCGUGCUGCACGCCCCGGGACGCUGCGUGCCGCAGAUCAUCGGCACCCUCAUGGGCCGCAUACCAGCGGAGCAGCAGCAGCUGCUGUCUCGGUACCAGAGCCUCGUGGUGAAGCAGCUGGUGAGCCAGAGCCAGGGGAGGAAGCAGGACGAGAAGGACGAAGACGGGGACAAAUGUGAGGAGCAGGACGGUGAGGCUGAGGCCAUCCGCUGCGAGCUCAAGUCCCUGAUGCCGGAAGUGAAGGACCUGGUCCUGUCUCAGAGGAAGACGUCGGUGACGGAGGAGUGAACGCCUCAGACAGUUGGGGGGAAAUCCGGAAUGAUUAAUGAAUGUUGGAUCAGCGGUAGGCCAACAAAACGUUAUUUUAUGUGAUUGACUGAUGGUCGUACAUGUUUAGAUAAACACUGUUAACAGCGUCAGGUCAUCUGUUAAUACUGUAUCUAUAUGAAAUGCUGACAUGUGGCCAUAAAUCUGAAGUAUUUAAUGGAAAUUCCUGUGUGGGAUGUCUCACCGAGCAGCCUGAUUAACAUGGAAAUCCUCAAUGAGGCUAUCAUUUUCAUGAAUUGAUUAAAAAAAAGCUCACCCCCUUCUUUGAAA